AUGUAUACUAAAAAGUCGCAAUGGGAAAGACCUGAAGCUCCCGCUGACCCUGGUGAGGUCCGUUGCAGCCACCUUUUGGUGAAACAUGCUGAGAGUAGACGGCCUUCAUCUUGGAGGGAAGAGAACAUCACUCGUUCAAAAGAAGAAGCAAUGGAGCUCCUCAAAGGGUACCGUAAGCAGAUAGUCGCUAAUGACGCUUCAUUCGCCGAUCUAGCAGCCAAGUACUCCGAUUGUUCUUCAGCUAAACGAGGGGGAGACUUGGGUAUGUUUGGGCGUGGUCAAAUGCAGGCUCCGUUUGAAGAAGAAGCAUUUAAACUGAAGGUGGGGCAAUUGAGUCGGCCUGUUGAAACUGAUUCUGGUGUUCAUAUAAUUCUAAGGACCGCUUAA